AUUUUAGUUCUUCAAUCUCGAACCUAACUCACGGUUGUCUGUCAAUCUGAAACUCGAUUUUUGCUCGAAAAUUCAGAAAGAUCUGCUAGGAGAAAGGCCAGGAGCUGCUAUUUGCGAGCUUUUAAUAGGGGCAAGGGGCAAGUGAACGCCGAUCUACUCUUGAGAUCUGCUUGAAACAAGAAAAACAGUACAAAUGAACACCCUUCAUAACUAAUGUUCGGGUUGAUUCAGAUUAGAAGCAAGCAAAAUUUCCUGAACCAGUUCAACUACUCCUGCAGUGUUCGACAUUUCUUAACACUGCGAUUUUCGACGGUGCACGUGCAUAUGAAAACCGAACCGGAGCAAGCGCAAACUCGCACUGUCCGAAACACAAAUCAGUUGACUCCUACUCCUGUCAGUUCUGCGCUUGGGUCAUUUGAAAGAAAAAUUUCCUUUUAAUUUACUUGUUGAUGUAAAUUAUAAAAACGAACUCAACAAAAGCAGUAUUUGAGAUUAACUUAAAAUGAUGAGUGAACAAGGAAUUUUAGAGGAAAGAGCUUACUUUUUAUCUGUUAUAAAUACAUUUAAAAACUAUAGAAAUCUCUCAUAUAAUCGAAUUCAACACAAAGAAAAAUGCCUAGGAUCGUUGUCGGAUCAUCACAAAAAAUGGCUGUCAAACUGCAGCGAAGAUUUAAACAAAUUAAAAGAGGGAGUGGACAAAAAUUACGAAUUUAUCCCUUUAGUUCUCAAACACGCCUAUACAAUGUUCGAUAAUGCUUAUUCAAAUACUCCAGUUCCAAUAACACCCACCGAUCAACAAGAAAAAACUUUAUCUGAGGGUCUUGAAAAAGUCCAAUCUGUUUUCAAACAACUAAUGAGAGACUGGAGCUCUUUAGGAGCAUCAGAACGCCAACAAUGCUACCAACCAAUAAUCGACGAAGUCCUAUUAAAUUACCCCGAAGAUAGCUUUAAGCGAAGCGAAAUUCAGGUUUUGGUACCUGGAGCCGGCCUAGGAAGGUUAGCAUUCGAAAUUGCUUCAAAAGGAUUUAGAUGUCAAGGAAAUGAAUUCAAUUUGUUUAUGUUGAUUGUAUCUUUUUACGUGUUGAACCUCUGCCAGGACAUUGAUCAGUAUUUAAUUUAUCCUUGGAUCCAUCAGUUUUGUAACAAUCAUUCUGUGGAAGAUCAAAUGACUGAGGCAAGAUUUCCCGAUGUAAAACCAACUCCAUCAGAAGAAGGUAAUUUUUCCAUGACAGCUGGCGAUUUUCUAGAAGUUUACACUACCAAAGAGGAAUGGGACUGUGUCGCUACAUGCUUUUUCAUAGACUGCGCCCCUAAUGUUGUUCAAUUUAUCGAGACCAUCUACGACAUACUGAAACCAGGAGAAAAACAACCAAUAUUAGUUCAAAUGGAAAUUUUAAAUCGGAAGAAGAAAUUUAAUUUAGUAAAAUUCAUAUUUGUCUUUCAAGUUUUCAUUAGAUUUGUUUAGUUUAAUUUUAGCUGGUGAGAACACAAUCCCGGUUUUUUAGAUAGAAAGGGUCACUUACAUCAUAUUUUUCAAGGUUUAUUUCAUUACUUAUUACGUUUCCUCGUGUAAAUAA